AGAUGUUAGAUCUUUGCAAAACUGAUAGAUUUUAAUUAGGUGUUACUCUUUAUUAAUUAAUGAUAAGAUAGUAAUUACGAUCAAAUGGAGAAGAAUAGCAUCGUAUUAGAGAUGGUAUUCGAAUUACUGAUUUUCCUGAAAACACUUAUUCCCUUAGAUUAAGGAGUUUAAUAUGUAGAAUGAUGGAUCCAAAUACUUUCAAGAAGUAGUGUUCAAGAUAUUUUGGAAGAUGAGU